CGUUCCCGAAAUGCGAUAGCCGCUCUUAUCUUGUAAGCAACGAUAAUACUGUAAUAAUAAUUUAAGCUGGCAACAUUGCUAACUCCGAUAGGCCACGAGCUGAGUGUGAGGUUAAAUAUGAAUUUAACAUAAACUACUAGCGCUAGUCACUGUCUUUAUAACCAGUUAUUGUACUAUUAUUAAAUGAAUAUAUAAUGUCUGGUAAAGUUAUCAUGGAAGAAGAUUUUAUAGGAGAUGCUUCUUCAAUUCCUAUCCCUUCCAAUUUGCCAAAUGAUGAAAGUGAAAAUAUACAGAAAGUCACUACAAUUGGAAUUAAUGCAGUUAGGUUCAUAGAAAGUCAAUGUAUUAUCAUUUAACACCAUUUACUCUCUUCCCAAUAAUGGUCAAAUUGGAACGUCGCCAAGGAAUUGGUACAUUAUGGAAAGGAGGUGGAAGCAUUUUUAUUGUUCGUGGUUUAUCUGUUGCUGCAGAAACUGCAUUAUCAGAAGUUACAUCUUUGCCCAGAGAAGUGACUUGGCAUAGUUCCCUUAAGCAACUGUCGCAGCAUUUGAUUUUAAAAGGAUGUACAUAUGCUUUCCUAACACCAUUUUUCUAUUCAAGUUUGGUUGAAAUAGUUCAAAGUGAAAUUGCUAGUGAAAAACCUGGUGUUUUGGACUGUCUGAAAGAAGGAUUAUGCAGAGUUUUUCGUUGGGGAACUCCACAGUCUGCAAGAAUGUUGCCAAUAUGGUUUUUGAUAGUACCUACUGCUUUGCAUGGUAUCUUAAAUUAUGCUAUUUCCUCAUUAGUCAAAUCUGUUCUAAGUUGGAUAUUAACUGUAAAUUUGAAGAGGAGACAAGAAAAGUUAGGAAUAGCUAAUAAAGGAGGAUUUUACACAGUUGAUCAACAAAUGUGUCAAAUCACUGCAGCUUUUGCUGGGAAUCUUGUUGCAGAUGUGGUUUUAUAUCCAUCAGAAACAGUUCUUCACAGGUUAUACUUGCAAGGGACAAGAACUAUUAUUGAUAAUCUUGACACCGGAACUUCAGUUACACCAGUCAUCUCAACCUAUCAGGGCGUGUUUGACUGCUUCCAUACAAUUGUACAAGAAGAGGGUGCCGCUGGGCUUUACAAAGGUUUUGGCGCUCUGAUAUUGCAAUAUUCCAUUUAUGGGAUGUUGUUAAAAAUUACCAGAAUGUUAAUUUUGCAAGUGAAUUGUGCAUUUAAUAAUGAAACAAAAAGACAAGAUUAAGUCAGAAUUACUUUUUUUUAUAACUUUGUUAUAAAAUAUUUAAACUUUUUAGUAU